AUAUAUAAUAAGCUCAGAGCAACCUUUCGGACGCGCAGAACGAUAUCCAUUCCAUGGCGACAACAACAGCUGUUGCAAGUCGCUCGCAUGGUACAAGACAACAAGGAUCUUUUUGCCCAGGCUCUCUAUAAUGAUGUUGGUAAACCGGCCAUGGAAGCUUACUCAUACGAGAUAAGCCCCAUCCUUGAGCGUGUAAUGAUUACGGCUACCAACCUUCCCGAGUGGGCGAAGCCAGAGCACAAGACCGACUUAUUUGACCAUAAUCAAAAGGCUUGGAGUCCCAAAGUAUACUUUUCACCAAAGGGUGUUGUACUCGUGAUUGUGCCGUGGAACUUCCCCCUGAUAUUGUCAAUGCAACCCCUCAUCGCCGCCAUAUCUGCAGGGUGUUGUUGUGCGAUUAAGGUUUCCGAAAUAGCUCCCUAUACCGGUCAUCUUCUGGCGGAUCUUGUUCCCAAGUACCUCGAUACGGAGGCAUACCAAGUCAUCCUGGGCGCCGUUCCUGAGACCACAAAGAUACUCGAGCUAAAAUGGGACCAUAUCUUCUACACAGGCCACGGACACGUCGGGCGAAUCGUUUCAGCCGCUGCAGCGAAACAUUUGACUCCUCUCACCCUGGAGUUAGGUGGUAAGAGUCCCGUCAUCUUAGAUCCGUCGUACGACCUCGACGUUGCUGCGAAGAGGAUUAUGUAUGGGAAAGUGACCAAUUGUGGCCAAAUUUGUGUCGCUCCAGAUUAUCUCAUAGUUCCUACCAAUGGAAAUCACGAUAUUUUGACCAAAGUGGUGGAAGCACUCAGGCGAGCUCAUGCCUCAUUUUUCUCAGAUGCUUCGCCUUUGGAAUCCACUUCGUACGCCCGGAUCGUGUCGAAGAACCAUUUUGAACGACUUAACUCCCUCCUGACGCGGACGAAUGGCACAAUAGUACUUGGGGGCAAAGUAGACGUGGACAGAUUGAAAAUUGAGCCCACCAUUGCUACUGGCAUUCAACCCGAUGACGCUCUUAUGGAGGGCGAACUGUUCGGCCCUAUCUUGCCCGUCAUUGAGGUUGGCACAUUUGAGGACGCGUGCGAGUUGGUGUCUCAAGGGGACCAUCCAUUGGUUUUGUAUGCGUUCACACAAAACGAGGAUACUAAGAUCCUAAUUCGGGAUGGCACAACGAGUGGAAACCUAGUAUAUAAUGACACAUUCAUACAAUUAGCUGUGGCCGAACUACCAUUUGGAGGAGUAGGCGAAUCUGGUCACGGUCGUCAAGCGGGAAGAUACGGUUUUGAAUCGUUCAGUUAUCUGCGUUCAUCAAUAGACAUGCCGUUAGAGUUGGAGGCGUUAUUAACAGCCCGAUACCCACCUUACACACCAGAACACCUGGAGUUGUUGAAUCCUAAUAUUAACAUCAAGAUCCCCCAAUGUUCUCCUACAUUGGGUAUCUUGGAGGGUUAA